GCAUUCAGAGCUAGCCGCAGUUUGUGAAAAUGGGGAAGAAAACGAAGAAGCCCGGAAAAGGCAAAGAGAAAACAGUGAAGAAAACAGCCAAAGCAGAGGAGAAGAGAGCUCGCAGAGAGUCCAAGAAGCUCUCUCCCGAAGAUGACAUCGAUGCCAUUUUGUUGAGUAUACAAAAGGAGGAGGCAAAGAAGAAGGAAGUCCAUGUUGAGGAGAAUGUCCCAGCACCGUCUCCCCGAUCCAACUGUUCGCUAAACAUAAAUCCUUUGAAAGAGACAGAAUUGAUCCUUUAUGGGGGUGAAUUCUACAAUGGCAACAAGACAUUUGUGUAUGGUGAUCUUUACCGGUAUGAUGUGGAAAAGCAGGAAUGGAAGUUAAUUACAAGCCCUAAUAGUCCACCUCCUCGUAGUGCUCAUCAAGCAGUUGCUUGGAAGAAUAAUCUCUAUAUCUUUGGUGGUGAGUUUACAUCCCCAAAUCAAGAGAGGUUCCAUCACUACAAGGACUUUUGGACGUUGGACCUGAAAACAAACCAAUGGGAACAAAUAAAUCUAAAAGGUUGCCCUAGUCCGCGCUCAGGUCAUCGAAUGGUUUUAUACAAGCACAAGAUUAUUGUUUUCGGUGGAUUCUAUGACACUCUUAGAGAAGUGAGGUAUUAUAACGAUUUGUAUGUAUUUGACCUGGAUCAGUACAAGUGGCAAGAAGUAAAGCCUAGUCCUGGAUCCAUGUGGCCAAGUGCUCGUAGUGGUUUUCAGUUUUUUGUUAACCAAGAUGAGAUUUUCUUAUAUGGUGGCUAUUCCAAAGAAGUUUCAUCUGAUAAGAGCAGCUCUGAGAAAGGAAUUGUUCAUUCAGACAUGUGGUCACUUGAUCCUAGAACUUGGGAAUGGAACAAGGUUAAGAAAAGUGGGAUGCCUCCUGGGCCUCGUGCUGGGUUUACCAUGUGUAUUCAUAAGAGGCGGGCCUUGCUAUUCGGUGGUGUGGUGGAUAUGGAAGUUCAAGGUGAUGUUAUAAUGAGCUUGUUUCUGAAUGAACUUUAUGGCUUCCAGAUAGACAGCCGUCGGUGGUAUCCAUUGGAGCUACGAAAGGAGAAGUCAACGAAAGAUAAGUUAAAAAAGAGUUGUGGGCAGAAAGAUAUGGAUGUGGAUUUUGAUGGUAAGAUUAACCCAAUUGAACAAGAGGAGUGUGCAGCAAAUGAUGAUGAGAAUUCAGAGUGCCAAGCAGGUGACAUGGAGACCAACCUUGAUGAGAUAUCUCAGCAUAUGGCAAAAGCCGUGACUGUUGAUAAUGGAGGGUUGGCUGCCAAAUCUGGUGGAAAGCCUCAUGAAUCUGGUGCUAAAUUGGAAAUGCAGAAUUCUGAUUUGGCAGAGGUAGUGAAACCUUGUGGACGCAUAAACUCCUGCAUGGUUGUUGGAAGAGAUACAUUAUAUAUAUAUGGGGGCAUGAUGGAAGUUAAAGAUCAAGAAAUUACACUCGAUGAUCUGUAUUCUCUUAAUCUCAGCAAACUUGAUGAAUGGAAGUGCAUCAUUCCGGCAUCGGAAUCUGAAUGGGUGGAAGCCAAGGACGAAGAUGAUGAUGAAGAUGAAGAUGAGGAUGAAGAUGAUAGUGAAGAUGAUGAUGGGGAAGGCAAUAGUGACGAGACUACUGAUGAUGAUGAUGAUGAUGAUGUGGAGGCUAAAAAUGAUGGGUCCCUUCAAAUGGGAGAUGCGGUUGCUUUGAUCAAAGGUCAAGGAAAGACUCUUCGAAGAAAGGAAAAACGGGCCAGGAUAGAGCAGAUCAGAGCCAGUCUAGGCCUUUCAGAUUCACAAAGAACCCCAGUGCCUGGAGAAUCAUUGAGGGAUUUCUAUAAGCGUACAAAUAUGUACUGGCAAAUGGCGGCUCACGAACAUACUCAACACACUGGAAAGGAGCUUCGCAAGGAUGGUUUUGAUCUUGCUGAGUCUCGAUACAAGGAGCUUAAACCCAUUCUUGAUGAGCUGGCCAUAUUAGAAGCCGAGCAGAAGGCUGAAGAGGCAGAAGGGGCUGAAACUAGUUCAAGAAAGAGAGGCAAGAAAAAAAAUUGAGAAUUAAAACCUUAACAGUUUUGAAUAUGCUUUGAAGCUAUGUAUGAUGUAUUUGUUUGUUUUAGUAGUAAAAUUAUUAUUGUCAUUUCAUGAAUGUGCUGUGUGCUCUCUGUCUCUCUCAUGGAAACACAGAUAGAUGAUCCCAUUAGUGUGACACUUGGUAUAUGAGAAAUUUUGUGGAAUCUGUAAUAGACAAUGUUUCUGAGCUAGUGAGGUAUUGAUCAGAACAUACCAGUAUUUUCCCCUA